CCAAGAGGAGGAGGAGGAGGCCAAGAGGAGGAGGCCAAGAGGAGGAGGGAGCCACAGGUGCUGCAAGUCCUCGAGGCACCCGCUGAGAUGUCAGGGUUGGAGUUGCAGGCGCACGGCGCCCUCAUCAAGUGCGAGGAGGAGGUGGAGCAGCAGCAGCAGGAACAGCUGGAGGAGGAGGAGGAGGAGGAGGAGGCGGGUACACUCAUCUGCCAGUGGCUGGGAAGCCCCGGGGUGCGCCCACCCCUCACGGGGGCUUUCGCUACUCUGGGGGGAGACGACAUCCAUGCCACCACUUCCAGCGAUGCCAUAGAGGCCUUGCCAGAUGCUCGUGGGAGCUGGGAGUGCACUGAGGAGGCGGUGAAGAUGGAGAACAUGAGCCAGGUGGCGGCUCUGCGGCGCCCCGGCGACGAGGACGGGGGCUACUCGUGCCCCAUCUGCUUCGAGGAGUUCCUCACCGAGCGCUCGAUCCAGACCCACAUGAGGAAGCACACGCGGCCGCCGCCGCCCGUUCGCAUCCGUCGGGGCGAGCGAACCCACAUCUGUACCACGUGCGGCAAGGGCUUCAUGCAGUCGUCCAACCUCAAGAUCCAUGAGCGCACGCACACGGGCGAGAAGCCCUACAAGUGCACGACGUGCGGCAGCGCCUUCACCCAGUCCAAGGACCUCAAGCUGCACGAGCUGAUCCACACGGGCGAGAAGCCGCACGAGUGCGCCACGUGCGGCAAGGCGUUCCGCAGCAUGUCGCACCUCAAGAGCCACGAGCUGAUCCACACCGGCGAGAAGCCCUACGUGUGCUUCGUGUGCGGCGGCGCCUUCACGCAGUCCAGCAACCUGCGCAAGCACCAGCGCAUGCACACGGGUGAGAAGCCGCACGUGUGCGCCACGUGCGGAAAGGCAUUCAAGCAGACGUCGUACCUCAAGAUUCACGAGCGCAUCCACACUGGCGAGAAGCCCUACGUGUGCUCCGUGUGUGGCAGCGCCUUCAUCCAGCCCAACGACCUCAAGUUCCACGAGAUGAUCCACACGGGCGAGCGGCCGCACGAGUGCCCGACGUGCGGCAAGACGUUCCGCAAGCACUCGCACCUGCGCAGCCACGAGAUGAUCCACACGGGCGAGAAGCCCUACGUGUGCUCCGUGUGCGGCAGCUCCUUUAUCCAGGCCAGCGACCUCAAGAAGCACCACCGCAUGCACACGGGAGAGCGGCCGCACGAGUGCACCACGUGCGGCAAGGGCUUCCGCAAGGUGUCCUACCUCAAGGUGCACGAGCGCACACACACUGGCGAGAAGCCCUUCAAGUGCGAGGUGUGCGGCAGCGCCUUCAUCCAGGCCAACGACCUCAAGGUCCACGAGAUGAUCCAUACGGGCGAGCGGCCGCACGGCUGCACCGCGUGCGGCAAGACGUUCCGCAAGCUGUCGUGCCUCAAGAGCCACGAGCGCACGCACACCGGCGAGAAGCCCUUCAAGUGCACCAUGUGCAAGAAGGCCUUCAUCCAGGCCAGCAGCCUGAGGAAGCACGAGAAGGUGCACGCCGAUGAUUAAACGCUGCGGCCUAGGUGUCGGCCGGGCUGAGACUACCAAGAUCGGCUUCCCUGGACCGGGAUUAGCCCCCGGCGGCUGCAGACAUUUUUAACCUCACCUUGGCCCAUUGCCAGACCUGGGUGGGGUUAUGACCAUCUGCAAGAGAUGUGGGCGAGAGCAAGUAUUGAUCUCGUCAACUAGUAUUUUUAAUCACUCUGGCUCCUUGCUGGCAUAGAUCAGUCAUCUAAGGUGCCAUUACACACAAAAUGCAACAAAAAUGUUCAGAGAAAAUUCGUGUUUUGAAAUCUAGCGUAAAAGCAAGAACACAAUUCCUAAAUGAAUUUCCCCACCACCUUAACCAUCUUCCUCACCACAAUAAUAAAGUGGAAUUAAAUUACUGAAGACCAUGAUCAGAAAAUAGAAAGCCAUUACACAGAUGUAGAACAGAAGUGACCAUGAAAUAGCGAUCAUGAUGUAGAACGUCCUGGUCAAGAACCCGGGAGUGAGGAUCGGGGGAGGUAGGCAGUGAGGAACGUCGUGGGCCCAAUGGCGUGGAAAAGUUGGAGCUUGGCUGCCUCUGUGCCAUGACCUCUUAACACCCACGAGUGUCUCCCAAGGUGACAGGAGCCGCAAAGUUAAUUGUUUGCACCAACGUAGAGUUUCCAUUGCGUAGCAUAACCUGUGGUGGAGCUGUUGUAUUGAGAUAGAGAAUAUCCAUUAAACGUUGCAAUCGUGAACAAACUUAUUCUAGAUUUCGGAUUAAUUCGGUCAUGCAUGUGAACAAGUGUAGAGUUGGAGAUCGGACCCCUCUUGACGCAUGUAGGAGUCGGACAGAGUGCAGUCAAAGCAAGGCACAGAGAUGUGUG